UAUAAAUAAAUCGAAAUAUAAAUAUAUAUUUUUAUUUGCGCCUCUGCUCUGCUGCUCCUUCGACCUCUCUCUCUCUCUUGCUCGCUCUCUUCUUUUUCUCUCUCUUCUCAGACCUUCGAAUCAGCUUCUCGUCGCCAUUAACGAAGUUCUGUUCUUCACCCUAGUUGGAAAAUUUGAAGUGGGAAGAAGUUUUGGAGUGGGGAAAUGGCGGGGAUUGGGAAUGAGGAGCCUGGAGUUGGAAGGUCUUUGGAGGGUAUUUCAAGCGGGCAGCGUUGCCAAUCUGGGGAGGUCUCUGCAGAAUGGCGGUCUUCAGGGCAGGUGGAAAAUGGGAUCACGUCAACUUCACCUCCCUAUUGGGACAGUGAUGAUGAUGAGGAAGGCGGGGCAAAGCCUUCCGAGUUAUAUGGAAAACAUACAUGGAAAAUAGAGAAGUUUUCACAGAUUAACAAAAGAGAACUUCGUAGUACUGUAUUUGAAGUUGGCGGUUACAAAUGGUACAUUUUGAUCUAUCCCCAAGGCUGUGAUGUUUGUAAUCAUCUCUCUUUGUUUCUUUGUGUUGCAAAUCAUGACAAGCUUCUUCCAGGGUGGAGUCAUUUUGCACAAUUCACAAUAGCUGUCGUGAAUAAGGAUCCAAAGAAGUCGAAAUAUUCUGAUACUGUACAUCGAUUUUGGAAGAAAGAGCAUGAUUGGGGAUGGAAAAAAUUUAUGGAGCUAUCAAAAGUAUUGGAUGGGUUUAUUGAUGCCGACACUCUUAUUAUAAAGGCUCAAGUUCAAGUUAUCAGGGAGAAAGCAGACCGUCCCUUCCGUUGCCUUGAUUGUCAAUAUAGGAGAGAGCUACUUCGGGUAUACUUCUCAGAUGUAGAGCAAAUUUGCCGCAAUUUUGUGCAAGAUAGGAGAGGCAAGCUUGGGAAAUUAAUAGAGGACAAAACUAGGUGGUCAAGCUUCUGUGCUUUCUGGUUGGGAAUGGACCAAAAUGCUAGGCGCCGCAUGUCCAGGGAGAAGGCAGAUGUGAUUUUGAAAGUAGUUGUAAAACACUUCUUUAUAGAGAAGGAAGUCACUUCUACUCUGGUGAUGGAUUCCUUGUACAGUGGACUCAGGGCACUUGAAGGCCAGUCCAAGUGCAAGAAAGGGAGGCUGAAGUUAUUGGAUGCUGAAGAAAUGCCAGCUCCCAUUGUUUGUGUUGAGAAAGAUGUGUUUGUUUUGGUUGAUGAUGUAUUAUUGCUGCUUGAAAGAGCUGCCGUGGAACCGUUGCCUCCAAAGGAUGAGAAGGGUCCUCAGAACCGUACAAAGGAUGGGGGUUCUGGAGAGGACUUUAACAAGGAUUCCAUUGAACGAGAUGAAAGGCGCCUUACGGAAUUGGGGCGUAGGACUGUGGAAACUUUUGUUCUUGCCCACAUUUUCAGCAAUAAAAUUGAAGCUGCCUACCAGGAAGCUGUUGCUCUGAAAAGGCAAGAGGAACUUAUCCGUGAGGAAGAGGAGGCAUGGUUAGCUGAAAGCGAGCAGAAGGCAAAACGUGGAGUAACUGAAAAGGAAAAGAAAUCUAAGAAAAAGCAGGCUAAACAGAAACGGAAUAAUCGCAAAGGGAAGGAUAAAGGAAGGGAUGACAGAAGCUGUGCAACUGUACCAGAUAAACGAGAACAAGAAAGCGCUAGUGAUGAAAUGAAAGACUUAAUGAUGGAGCAGGCACAACCAGUGCUUGAAAAACCUGAUCUGCUGGAUGAUGGUUCUGAUGUGUCUGAUUCAGUUGGUUUUGUUGCUGAAACACUUCAACCCGAUUCAGAGGAGAGAGACACUAGUCCUGUUAAUUGGGAUACAGAUGCAUCUGAAGUUCAUCCUCCUACUGAAGCGAGUGGUAGUGGAAUUUCUGGCCUGUCAUCUGUACAAAAUGGAAUUGUAGAAAAGAAGAGCUCGUCUGUGAUGGAUGAUAGUUCCUCAACAUGUUCUACAGAUUCAGUUCCGUCAGUGGUAAUGAAUGGGCCCUAUAAAGGGAGUUCUUUUCCUAGCAAUAAAUCCCAAAAGUCACCUAGCAGAGGAAAGAGCCAGCAAGGUAAGUUGGCACGUGAUGGGCCUAGUUGGGUCAAUGAGACAGAUAAUCAACCAUCUGGGCCAGUGACAGAUGCAGGGGAUCUAAAUGAUUCAGGGAGUUCUAAGGCUGCAGAAUCUGAGGCUGAAGCUGUUACAUUUUUGCAUGAUCGAAUAAAGUGGCUUGAACAUGUGGUGAAGAAGGAAGAAGAGGUGGUUUUGCUGCAAAAGAAACUGGGCAGCAAAGACCAGGUUGAGGUGGAAAGGCCCUCCAAAGAGAAGAUAGCUGCAGUGCCAUCCUCUCCCAGGAGUCCUCCCAGAAAAUUUCCCUCUGCUGUUCAGCUCAAGUUGGAGUCCAGGAGCAUUCCUGUUGCGGAACCUGUUCCAGUUAAGAAGUCAUCCUCACGUAGCCCCCAACGAACUGAUAAAUCAGCACAUUUGACAGCUUCCCAAGUUUUGGCUGCUUCCAGGCCUGACAGCCAAAAGGUGACUCAUUCAAAACCAGCUGAAAAAUCCACCACGGCACCCCAAGUGUCUGCAAUGUCAAGGCCGUCUAGUGCUCCUCUAAUCCCUGGUUCCCGGCCACCUGCUCCUGUUGUUUCAGUCGUUCAAACAACUCCUCUACUUGCUCGUUCUGUUAGUGCAGCUGGACGGUUGGGUCCUGACCCUUCGCCUGCAACUCAAAGCUUUGUUCCUCAGUCUUACAGAAAUGCCAUGAUGGGUAGCAAUGGUGCUCCAAGUCCAGCUGGAUUUACUCAUCCUCAAUCUCCAGGGUCAGCUGCAAAUCCUUCUCCUGCAUACUCGCAACCACCUGCCUUGGUACCUGCAGCAGUGUUUGUACCUCAAAGCUCUGAAAGGAUAGAACCCAACACAGUUAAACCCGCCUUCUCUUUUGGCCAUGUGAAUCGGGAUGUUGCACAGAAUGGACACCAGUGGAUUGAGAGUCCUCAGAAGGAUGCCAAUAGAGGCAUGCCUUCUGAUGCUUCUUCCAUCCUCAAUGACUUUCACAAGUUCGAUUUAUACAAGCCUGUACACAGUGGAUCCAGGGAACAAAUCUCCAUGGAGUCUCCAGCUGGUACAUCUGGGCGGCAGACCCAAGGUCUGUUGGCAGAUGAGUUUCCACACCUUGAUAUCAUCAAUGACCUUCUCGAUGAUGAGCACAGUAUCAUGAAGGUAGCCAGGGCAAGCAGUGUUUUCCAAGGCCCUGGCGGUGGGGCACACCACCUGAACCGGCAGUACUCUUUUCCUGGUGAUAUGGGCAUAUCAGAUGAUGUAGGAUCCUCCUCAACCAGCCCAUGCAGGUUUGAGCGGACAGUCAGUUACAUUGACGAUGGGUUCCAACGAGGCUACAGCUCUUCAGGCAACCAUUUUAACUCCUUCCGGGAUUUUAUUCCACAGGGCAAUCCGCUGCCUUAUGCAAAUGGACAGAUUGAUGGAUUGAUUCCAAACCAGUGGCAGGUGCCCAGUUCAGAUCUGUCUUUAGUCGGCAUGAGGAACACAGAUGGUGAUUGCUACCCGUAUCAUGUUCCCGAGUACCCAAAUAUGGCAUGUGGCGUCAAUGGAUUUACUGUAUACCGGCCGUCAAAUGGACAUUGAAAGGGAAACUGACGGAAUUGCCUGCGAACUAGUGGGUUAAUUUCCGUUGUAAUAAUGUAUUUCAGGAAAUUAUUGGGUCUUAGAUUUGGAGUGAGGUUGUAAUCCUUUGAUAAAAAAACCUUUUUGUAAAGAGUGAUUCUGCCGUCUUUGCUUC